AUGGAAAAUGAACACCGCCGUCAUUUGCAGACAAUAACAAAAGUCGAGGAAACUCUUCUGCAGCAACAGAAAGAAAUCAAUCGUUUGAAACACGUGGAGAGAACAUUGAAGAAAGAGCAAAAAAAGACAGCAAGACUUAUAGAAAGUGUUGAACAAUUAUCAUACCUGUGCAACUUGUACCAAACGGAUAGAAGCAUCAGCCAAUCUGAUAUUUUCAACAACAAAACACGUCAACAAUUUGACUCCGAUGCCGUUUCUAGACACUCUAAUCCUGGAAAUCUAAGCAAAGAGAGAGAUAAACUGAACAAUAAAUUCCCGACAGAAGCUGAAGAAAACGAAAUGAUGGUUAACAACCAGAAGCGGGAAGACAAUGAUAAUACAGCAAAAAGUAUACUUGGUGCUCCUGCAUCCACUACUGAAUCAACCGUGGGGUUUUAUGCCUAUAUGACUCAUAACGAAAACAACAUUGGGCCACAUCAUAGUCUCAUCUUUGAUCAUGUGGAAACUAACGUGGGUAGCAGCUACAAUCGAUAUACUGGAGCAUUCUCUGUGCCUAUCGCAGGAGUGUACCUUUUUACAUAUUCCAUAUUUAUGGAGAUUGGCGGCUAUGAUUCUUUUGAAAUCUCUAUCAACGAUGUAUCCCGCGGAAGCAUAUUUGUUGAUAACAACAGAGCUACUCAAAAUGCUUACACAGGGUCAACAGGGGUUGCCAUUUUAGUUUUAAAUCAGGGGGAUGCUUGUGUUAUACGUACACAUUCAAAUUAUCCACAUGGCAAAGGAACAGUUCGCAGUGACGAUCUAAUGCGUACGUCAUUUAGUGGAGCAAGCAUUGGAUCCGCGUAG